CCCGCACCCACGCCCCGGGCCGGGCCGAGCGCCGCGCCCCGCCGCGCCCGGCCUGCCAGCCAGGCGCUGGGACCCGGCCGACCCCUCGGGUAGAGCGGUGCGCGCGUGUGCGGUCAGUUACAGUGUAGCGGGGCGGGGAUCGGGGCCGCGGCCGCCCUGCUCUAGCUCCGCUCCAGCUUCGAGGUGGCCCACGGUGCGGGGGCCCAGCGGCCAAGGGCAACGCUAGCCAUCUUCGCCCUAGGUGGAGAGGAAGGCUUGGGCAGGAAGCAUGUGGCGCGUCCCUAGAGGCUGGAGGCGAGCGCGCGUGGGCCCGCGUGGAGCCCCGGCCUGGACAGGGCUGCGCCCGCCUGCAGGUAGCCGGGCAGUGGCCAGUGCGGGCGCCCGGGCCGAGUUCAGCUACGUGGUGGUGGGUGCGGGCUCCGCGGGCUGCGUGCUGGCCAGCCGGCUCACCGAGGACCCGGGCCACAGCUUGCUGCUGCUGGAGGCCGGGCCCAAGGACGUGCUGGCGGGCAGCAAGCGGCUGCUGUGGAAGAUCCACAUGCCCGCGGCGCUCGUGUCCAACCUGUGCGACGACAGGUACAACUGGUACUACCACACCGAGGCGCAGCCGGGCCUGGGCGGCCGCGUGCUGUACUGGCCGCGGGGCCGGGUCUGGGGGGGCUCCUCGUCGCUCAACGCCAUGGUCUACAUCCGCGGCCACGCCGAGGACUACGAGCGCUGGCACCAGCAGGGCGCCGAGGGCUGGGACUACGCGCACUGCCUGCCCUACUUCCGCAAGGCGCAGGGCCACGAGCUGGGGGCCAGCCAGUACCGCGGCGGCCAGGGGCCGCUGCGCGUGUCCCGGGCCAGGACCCGGCACCCGCUGCACCAGGCCUUCCUGCAGGCCACCCAGCAGGCCGGCUACCCCUUCACCGACGACAUGAACGGCUUCCAGCAGGAGGGCUUCGGCUGGAUGGACAUGACCAUUCACGAAGGUAAGCGCUGGAGCACCGCCUGUGCCUAUCUACACCCGGCACUGAGCCGCCCCAACCUCAGAGCUGAGGUCCAGACUCUGGUGAGCAGGGUGCUGUUUGAGGGCACCCGGGCAGUGGGUGUGGAAUACUUCAAGAACGGCCAGAGCCACAGGGCUUAUGCCAGCAAGGAAGUGAUUCUGAGUGGGGGUGCCAUCAACUCUCCACAGCUGCUAAUGCUCUCAGGAGUUGGGAAUGGAGAUGACCUCAAGAAACUGGGCAUCCCUGUGGUGUGCCACCUGCCUGGAGUUGGCCAAAACCUGCAAGACCAUCUGGAGAUAUACGUCCAGCAGGCAUGCACCCGCCCCAUCACCCUGCACUCAUCUCAGAAGCUCCUGCGGAAGGUCCGCAUCGGUCUGGAGUGGUUGUGGAGGUUCACAGGAGAAGGAGCCACAAACCAUCUGGAAACAGGUGGGUUCAUUCGAAGCCGGCCUGGGGUUCCCCAUCCAGACAUCCAGUUUCAUUUCCUGCCAUCCCAAGUGAUUGACCAUGGGCGGGUCCCUACCCAGCAGGAGGCUUAUCAGGUACAUGUGGGUCCCAUGCGGGCCACAAGUGUGGGCUGGCUCAAGCUGAGAAGUACAAACCCCCAGGAUCAUCCUGUGAUCCAACCCAACUACUUGUCCACAGAAACCGAUAUUGAAGACUUUCGUCAUUGUAUAAAGCUGAGCAGAGAAAUUUUUGCGCAGGAAGCCCUGGCUCCCUUCCGGGGAGAAGAGAUCCAGCCAGGAAGCCAUGUCCAGUCAGAUAAAGAGAUAGAUGCCUUUGUGCAGGCGAAAGUUGACAGUGCCUACCAUCCCUCAUGCACUUGUAAGAUGGGUCAGCCUUCCGAUCCCACCGCCGUGGUAGAUCCACAGACCAGGGUUCUUGGAGUAGAAAACCUCAGGGUCAUCGAUGCCUCUAUCAUGCCCAGCAUUGUCAGUGGCAACCUGAAUGCCCCCACAAUCAUGAUUGCAGAAAAAGCAGCUGACAUUAUUAAGGGACAGCCUGUACUCUGGGACAAGGAUGUCCCUGUCUACAAGCCCAAGACCUUAGCUACCCAGCGCUAAGGCAGCUACUGCCUGACAAUGACUAGAGAAGCCAAGAGGACUACCCGGCACAGCCUUUACUCCAAAUGCCUUUGCUUCAGACUGUCUGGAAUAUCAACUCAGGGUUAUCUGGAUCAUGUUUUAGGAAGUGAGACCAGGACUGACCAGCACUUUGCUCAGCGUUUCCUCUGUGAGCCCCUCCUCUGCACCUCCUGAGGGGACAGCAAGGGGAAGGGAGCCCAGUAGAAGAGGGUUAACCUUGGCCAUGUCCUUGUCUCAUGUCCACCUGGCCUUCAAUCCGGGGUCCUGCUGCCUUGAACAUUUUCUAAAGACAGCCCUUGAGAUGGGUCUUUGAGACCACACUGGGUUCCUCACAGAAACGGCAUCCUCCUCUCAAGCGGCAAGCUUUAUUUAGUCAGGCCAAGAGCCAUGCCAGAGUAAGCUUGGUUUGGGCUGCACAAUUGCCCCAGGUGGAGGAAAUCUGGGCUUUCCUCUCAUCUGUCUCUUCAUUCACUUUCUCUAAGUGAGCCUGGUACAGGGGCUCUGUCAGGGGACUGUGGGGUUCUAGUUUUACUUGAGUAUCUAAGAGGAGCCUCCUGAACCUGUUCAAGGAGGGCCUCACUAGCAAAGGUUUCAUGAUUAAACCAUUUUAAAACACCAAA